AGUAGAAAACUGCCUCCGGGCAGCAGAGUUGCACCCAAAGGGUGGGGGAGGGAGCCGGGGAAUUAUUCCAAAGUUGGAGGAGCUGUGGCGGAGACUGAGAGUACACAGUAGCCACGCGGGUCCUGAGGAAACCGAGUAAGGGAGAGAAGAAGCCGCUGUGGAGUUGAAGAGAAGGAGGAGAAAAAAGAGGAGGUGGAGGAGGAGGAAGAAAAAGAAGAAAAGGUUGGAUUCUUUUGCACGAUGCCCUCCUUCGACGAGGUGCUGCAGAAAGCGGGUGAAUUUGGGCGCUUCCAGAGACGGGUUUUCCUGUUGAUGUGCCUGACGGGCAUCACUUUUGCCUUCCUCUUCGUCAGCGUGGUCUUCCUGGGCAUCAGUCCGCAACACCACUGGUGCCGGGGUCCCAGUGCCGCGGCGCUGGCGGAGCGCUGCGGCUGGAGCCCAGAGUUGGAGUGGAACCUCACAGCGCCCGCCGUGAGCGCCCGGGAGUUGGGAGCCCGCUCCGACGGGCGUUGUGAGCGCUAUGAGCUCGAAGCAGCCAACUGGAGCAGCGCUGCGGAUGCUGUCAACGCUGCGGAGGGGGCUCUCAGCUGCAGUGACCCGCUCGCCUUCUUCCCCAACCGCACAGCGCCCUUGGUCCCCUGCCGGGGCAACUGGAAGUACAGCCAGUCCCACCCUUCGAUUGUCAGCGAGUUUAACCUGGUGUGUUUAGACUCUUGGAUGUUGGAUUUUACCCAGGCUGUUCUGAAUCUAGGGUUUCUGGCUGGAGCUUUUACUCUGUGCUAUGCAGCAGACAGGUAUGGAAGAAUAAUUAUAUAUCUCAUCUCCUGCUUUGGUGUGGGAGUAAGUGGUAUCGUUGUUGCAUUUGCUCCAAACUUUCCUGUGUUUGUGAUCUUUCGCUUCCUGCAAGGUGUUUUUGGAAAGGGAACAUGGAUGACAUCUUAUGUUAUUGUGACAGAAAUGGUUGGUUCAAAACAAAGGAGAAUUGUGGGAAUCGUGAUUCAAAUGUUCUUUACCCUUGGAAUCAUAAUUAUCCCUGGGAUCGCCUAUCUCAUCCCCAAAUGGCAAGGGAUACAGUUAGCCAUCACACUGCCCAACUUUCUGUUCCUUCUCUAUUACUGGGUGGUUCCUGAAUCUCCCCGAUGGCUAAUCACUCGGAAGAAAGGAGAAAAGGCCUUGAAAAUUCUGCAGAGCAUUGCCAAGUACAAUGGAAAAUAUCUCUCACCAAGUUACUCAGAGAUCACUGUUACAGAUGAGGAGGUUAGUAAUCCAUCCUUUUUAGAUCUGGUGAGGACUCCCCAAAUGAGGAAAUGCACACUUAUUCUAAUGUAUGCUUGGUUCACAAGUGCUGUGGUUUACCAAGGACUUGUCAUGCGCCUGGGAAUCAUAGGUGGAAACCUCUAUAUCGAUUUUUUUAUCUCAGGAGUUGUGGAAUUGCCGGGAGCUCUCCUGAUCUUACUAACAAUCGAGAGUAUUGGACGACGCCUUCCCUUUGCAGCCAGCAAUAUAGUGGCAGGAAUUGCAUGUCUUGUUACAGCAUUCUUACCGGAAGGGAUACCAUGGUUGAGAACCACAGUAGCCACCAUAGGAAGACUGGGGAUUACCAUGGCCUUUGAAAUAGUUUAUUUGGUGAAUUCAGAAUUGUAUCCAACAACAUUAAGAAACUUUGGCGUUUCAUUGUGUUCAGGUUUGUGUGAUUUUGGAGGCAUUGUAGCUCCAUUCCUGCUGUUCCGGCUAUCGGCCAUCUGGCUAGAACUACCUCUUAUCAUUUUUGGUAUUCUUGCAUCAGUGUGUGGGGGCCUUGUCAUGCUCUUACCUGAAACAAAGGGUAUUGCCUUACCUGAGACAGUGGAGGAUGUAGAAAAGCUAGCCAGGUAUUGUAUCAUCAUGAUCAACAUGUUAUCUUUUGUGCAAAAGAACAUUCUCAAUAUUCAUGGAAAUUAA